GUUUUGAGCCAGACCUGGCUGGCUUUCCUUUUCUUCUGAAAUGAUGCACGUACACUUGUGGGAAAAGUUAAGUGUUCAGGAAAAGCAGCAGUUCUGCAGAGGAGGGUGGGUGAGUAGACGUAACUUCUGCUCCUGUCUCUUUCGCCAAUGGGCUUAUUCUAAAUGGAAGAUCAUCUCAAUCAAUACCUCCAGGCAGCUGUUAACUCUGUGGGAUAAUGGAAGCAAAAUGAUUUAGUGUGAAUGGUGCUUUUGUGUUGCUUUGGUAUUAACAAUGCUUCUGCCCCGUGAUAGCCAGGGGACUGCUAAGUCCCACAGGAGUGGGUAUUUCUUUUCAUCAACAAACUAUGGCAGAGCAGAGGAACUUUUGAUGUACUGGACAUUGGAUGGGGCUGCUGCUGCUGCUGCUUCUCUAGCCAGCAAGCUGGACAAUUGGAACCUGGUGGCCUGAUGGUUUGGUCACAGAAUUAACCCUCUAAUCUCUGGAGCAACCCAUACUGGAGAAGAAGCAAAAGGAGUAGAAACAGAACAGCCCCAGUUGUGACACAAGCUGAGGCAAUGUCAUCACUGGUGAAGGAGGAUCUCAACAAGAAGCUAUUCAGAUCACUAGGGCAAAGCUUGUACGGGUUCAUUGAAGUUGAGUGCUCAGGCCAAGAUCGGUUUUACCUCUGUGCUUCAGUGUCAAAAGGUGAAGAAGUACUAAUAUCUGUGGUAAAACACUGUAGAACUGGCCUUGAUGAGAACUAUGAAAUAUCUGAAAAAUGGCGUCUAGAUGAUUUGGAGAUGAUAGAUGGAAAAGAGGCUGAUGCUGAUAACCCAUGGUUUGAUAUGCAUUUCAAGGAAGUUUACAGCUGGGAAGCUUACAGCUGUGCAUCUAAAUAUGCCUUUGCAAGAACAUUAAACAAGUUGAAUGAGAUGUACCUGCAGAAGGACUUGAAGAUUGUGAACUUUGAUUUUACCUAUAUUAAGGAUGAAGCACUCUGGUCAUCUAAUAAUGGGGAUUGCUUAGUACUUAUGAAAAUCUGCUUUUAUGCAUCCAAUCUUUUGUGUCUGUCUCUGUGUCCCCUGCCAGGCUGACUGUUAUAGUUACAUCCAGACCUGAAUAAUACUACCAAGUAACAUUUUAAAAAAGGUAGACAUUCAGUACUGUAUCAGGGUUUCUAUUUUUCAUAACAUUUUUAAGCCAAUUGUUCUCUCAGUCUUGAUAAUAUGUUUAAGUACCGAUUUCCUUAAAUCAGUGCUUUUCAGCAUCACGAAGCAUGUUUAGGUUAACUGUAAGCUCCACUGAACUCAUUUGGCUUACUUCUCAGCAGCCACAUAUACAUUUCUGCUGCAAAGUUACACAACAAUGUGAUACAUAUUAACUUUUAUAUGAUCUCAUUUCCCCAGGUUUCCUACAGAAGUUACAAAAAUUGCAUGUAGUGUAUAUAUCAUCUGUUACUAUAUAUGCAAUGAAUUGCUGUGGAGCUUAAUUAUCCUUGCAAUAAUUUUCUGUGGAGCUUUUAAUAAAGAUGUUUCCUUUUUCUGCUGCCUUUGGUCUAGUGACUCUGCAGCAAGCCAUGAUGAUGCAAAAAUGACAUAUGCAUAGUGACAUCAUGAAACAAAUUCUGCCCUUACAUAUAGUACUUGCAUCUCAGCUUCUGAUGUAAGUAUGCAACUUACAGUAUUUGCAUCAUGAAGUCAUGACAUGCAUUUCAUCACCCCCAAUGCCCAGUGCUUUGGUCUCUGAAAGAGCCAAAAUAUAAUGCACAUGCAUACUCCUGUUUGGGAGAACUGGCUUACACAAACUUGCACAAUUUCUGACCCACCAUGCUGAACUUUGUUCUUCAUUCUUCAGUAAGGCUGAAAAUUCUUUUAUUCCCCAUCUGAUGCUGUAAACCAUUAGGUUUGGCUUGCUUGAAAAGCCUAAACUAUGGCUGGUGCAUUGUGUUCAGCUUUCAUGUUACCAGC